AGCGAGCCCGAAUACGAGACGUCGCUUUCACUGUCGCGAUAACGCGUCGCCGCUGCCCGGGGCGUUUCUUAUAUAACGCGUCGCCGCGAAACCGCCGGUUUCAGUCUCCGCCGGGACAGCCUCGCUCUCUCACGCCUGUUGCACGCGCGUUCUGCCCGCCGCGAGGAGAAGACAUGGCAUCGAAAAACACGAUCAUGGACUCGGACUGCAUGACGCUGACGAGAUUCGUGCUGGCGGAGCAGCGCAAGGUGCCAACGGCGACCGGCGACCUCACGCAGCUGUUGAAUAGCAUACAGACCGCCGUGAAGGCCGUCAGCUCGGCCGUGAGGAAGGCCGGUAUCGCUAAUAUGUACGGCAUCGCCGGCAACACCAACGUUCAGGGUGAGGAGGUGAAGAAGCUGGACGUUCUGAGCAACGAGCUCUUCAUCAACAUGCUGACGUCCUCCUUCACCACGUGCGUGCUCGUGAGCGAGGAGAACCAACACGCCAUCGAGGUGGAAACGGAGAAGAGCGGCAAAUACGUCGUGUGUUUCGACCCGCUCGACGGCUCCUCCAACAUCGACUGCCUCGUCUCGGUGGGCUCUAUCUUCGGAAUUUACAAAAAACCCGAACGACCCGGGGAAUCCACGCUGCAGGCCGCGCUGCAAACGGGACGGAGCUUGGUCGCGGCCGGAUACGCUCUGUACGGCUCGGCGACUAUGAUCGUGCUCUCAAUCGGCCACGGCGUUAAUGGGUUCACGUAUGAUCCGGCCAUCGGGGAAUUUAUCCUGACCGAGAAGAGCAUGCGUAUGCCCGACAGAGGCAAUAUAUAUAGUAUUAACGAAGGCAACGAGAGCACGUGGGACCCGUCUAUCAAGGAGUACAUACAUUCCAAAAAGUAUCCCGCGAGCGGAAAGCCCUACAGCGCCAGAUACGUGGGCUCCAUGGUCGCAGACGUACACCGAACGAUUAAGUACGGCGGUAUCUUCUUGUACCCCGCGAGCAAGAGCAAUCCCAACGGCAAGCUGCGACUCCUGUACGAGUGCGUACCGAUGGCCUUCAUAGUGAAGGAAGCCGGCGGUCUGGCGACCAACGGAAAAAUUGAUAUUCUGGACAUCGUCCCGGAGAACAUUCAUCAGAGAUCGCCCAUUUUCCUGGGCUCCAAAGACGACGUCAACGACGUGAUGGCGAUUAUAAAAAAGUAGGGCCGGGCGAUGGGAGCGGAGAAUCUCUUAACCGAGCAAUCGGGCGUUACACUCUUUUACACGAGGCGGAUUGUUACUCCACGCUGUUUCACAAUAAAGUAAUUUUUUUCAUCAAA